CGGAAGUCGCUCCAGGGGUCACUGGGAAGUGUAGUUUUCCAGCAGAGGCGCUCAGAGGGAGGGUCACAGUAGGGCCAGGCACUUUUCUCGGGAGUUUUCUACGUGUUUUAUGCACGUGGUUAAGAAAAAAGAGGGAGAAUUCAGGUGCCACAGCGGCCAUUCUCCAGUGACCGGAGCGUAUUACUCAGAAACGGAUCCGUCAGAGGCCAAUGGGAGCUGCCGGCUGUCAGGGCGCGCCUGGUGGCGCCGAGCAUCCUGGGAGGUGUGGUCCGGGCGCGGUGCCGAGGAUUCGGGGUAGUGUAGUCCUGGCGCCCCGCUGGAGGAGCUCCCCAGCUGGUGGCUGGAGCGACCCCUUGUUCUUUGGUGGCGCUGGUUCAUUCCUGAUGCCGCUAAGGAAGAGGAGGCGCUGCCCUACUGGAGUUUGAGGAUUUCCCUUGAUUUUCUUGAUCGCUUUUUGUUCUUGUUCUGCCUCCCUGCGGCUCCUGUCUGCCCAGAGAGGACUGCCUGCUGGGGAAAGGGGGUACUCCUGAGCUCUUGAGAGCCCAGCUUCAGAUCUACCUUCUGAGAUAUCAUCCUUCUUUAGGGAGACAAGGAAAAAAGGCCACAGGGUCCCGGAGAGCCAGGGGGAAUGGCACACAUGGCAUUCAGGGAUGUGGCUGUGGAUUUCACCCAGGAUGAGUGGAGGCUGCUGAGCCCUGCUCAAAGGACUCUGUACAGAGAGGUGAUGCUGGAGAACUACAGCAACCUGGUCUCACUGGGAAUUUCAUUUUCUAAACCAGAACUCAUCACCCAGCUGGAGCAAGGGAAAGAGACCUGGAGAGAGGAGAAAAACUGUUCACCGGCUACCUGUCCAGCAGAUCCAGAGCCAGAACUCUACCUCGAUCCUUUCUGCCCACCUGGUUUCUCCAGUCAGAAAUUCCCCAUGCAGCAUGUGCUGUGUAAUCAUCCCCCCUGGAUCUUCACAUGCUUGUGUACAGAAGGUGACGUCCAGCCUGGGGAUCCGGGCCCAGGGGACGAGCAGAAGCAGCCACAAGCCUCUGAGGGGAGACCCUGGAGUGAUGAAGCAGAAGGUCCCGGGGGAGAAGGCGCCAGGCCUUUGUUUGGACGAACAAAGAAAAGGACUCUGGGAGCGUUCUCCAGGCCACCCCAGAGGCAGCCAGUCACCUCUCGGAACAGCCUCAGAGGGGUGGAGUUAGAAGCCAGCCCAGCGCCGACGGGGAACCCUGAGGAAACAGACAAAUUGCUGAAGAGGAUAGAAGUCUUAGGAUUUGGAACAGUCAACUGUGGAGAGUGUGGACUGAGCUUCAGCAAGAUGACAAACCUGCUCAGUCACCAGCGGAUACACUCAGGGGAGAAGCCCUACGUGUGCGGGGUAUGUGAGAAGGGCUUCAGCCUAAAGAAGAGCCUCGCCAGACACCAGAAGGCACACUCGGGGGAGAAGCCGAUUGUGUGCAGCGAGUGUGGACGAGGCUUUAACAGGAAGUCAACGCUAAUCAUACACGAGCGGACACACUCCGGCGAGAAACCUUACAUGUGUAGUGAGUGUGGGCGAGGCUUCAGCCAGAAGUCAAACCUUAUCAUACACCAGAGGACACACUCCGGGGAAAAGCCUUACGUGUGCCGGGAGUGCGGCAAAGGUUUCAGCCAGAAGUCGGCUGUCGUGAGACACCAGAGGACACACCUGGAGGAGAAGACCAUCGUGUGCAGUGACUGCGGUCUGGGCUUCAGCGACAGGUCAAACCUCAUCUCCCACCAGAGGACGCACUCUGGGGAGAAGCCCUACGCCUGCAAGGAGUGUGGGCGAUGCUUCAGGCAGAGGACCACCCUUGUCAAUCACCAGAGGACACACUCAAAGGAGAAGCCCUACGUGUGCGGGGUGUGUGGGCACAGCUUCAGCCAGAAUUCAACCCUCAUCUCUCACAGGCGGACGCACACCGGGGAGAAGCCGUAUGUGUGUGGGGUGUGCGGGCGAGGCUUUAGUCUCAAGUCACACCUCAACAGACACCAGAACAUACACUCAGGGGAGAAGCCCAUUGUGUGCAAGGACUGUGGCCGGGGCUUCAGCCAGCAAUCCAACCUCAUCAGACACCAGAGGACGCACUCAGGGGAGAAGCCCAUGGUGUGUGGGGAGUGUGGGCGAGGCUUCAGCCAGAAGUCAAACCUUGUUGCACACCAGAGGACGCACUCAGGGGAGAGGCCGUAUGUGUGCCGGGAGUGCGGGCGAGGCUUUAGCCACCAGGCCGGUCUCAUCAGGCACAAGCGGAAGCACUCGAGGGAGAAGCCCUACAUGUGCAGGCAGUGUGGACUGGGCUUUGGCAAUAAGUCAGCUCUCAUCACACACAAGCGGGCUCACUUGGAAGAGAAGCCUUGUGUGUGCAGAGAGUGUGGCCAAGGCUUUCUCCAAAAGUCACACCUCACCUUACAUCAAAUGGCACAUAAGGGGGAGAAGCCGUAUGUGUGCAAGAUGUGUGGGCAGGGCUUCAGCCUCAAGUCUCACCUCAGCAGACACAGGAAGACCAAGUCUGUGCACCACAGACUGCCACCGCAUCCUGACCCUGAGCCGUGUGCGGGGCAACCUUCCGAUUCCUUAUACUCUCUCUGAAGGCAAAGAUGGGGACAAGGACUAACAGUCAGAAUGUUGACACUUUGAUGAAAUAGAGAAAUGCAUUCUGUAAGUGGUCAAAGGGCGUUUAACUGUUUACUUUCCCCACACUAAGUCUUCUCCAUGUUUUGUGGCCUUCGAUUGUAAUAAACUUGGCUUCUUUAUACAUCUGUAA